AUGGGAAACUCUGCGAGCGCUCACAAGAUCUCUGCCCAGGAUAAAGCAAUCCUGGACAUGAAAAAUCAACGCGACAAGUUACAUCAAUAUCAGCGGCGCAUUACAGUUCUCACGGAUCGAGAAAAGGAAAUAGCGAAGCAGAUGUUGGCAAAAGGGGACAAACCGCGAGCACUAUUAGCGUUGCGGAGGAAGAAAUACCAAGAAUCUUUACUGGCGAAGACGGAUGCGCAGCUGGAGCAGCUGGAGAAGUUGACAAGCAGUGUGGAAUUCGCUCUGGUGCAAAAGGAUGUUGUGUUUGGAUUACAACAAGGCACGAACGUGCUGAACGAGAUUCAUAAGGAAAUGGGUGGGCUAGAGCAUGUGGAGAAGUUGAUGGGAGAGACGGCUGAUGCCGUUGCUUAUCAGCAGGUGAGUUCCUGGCUUGAUAGCCUUUUUACUUGCUAA